GCUACAGUCUCAGGUCGACCUCUUAGGAGACUGGUUAUAUCUGAUGCAGAAACACUUAAAAACUGGGAUUCAGCUGUGUUGCCCAUCUACGGACUUUCGUGCAGCUUCACGAAGUUUUUGAAGCAUGGACACAGCUAGAGAGUUGUUGUCCAUGUUUGUAGUUGUUGUCUGGACCUUGACCAAUGGUUCUCAAAUCUCCACAACUAACUGCGGUGAAUUACAUUUUGUGGGCCUAUCAGACCUGGAUGAUGUGAUUACAGUGGAAAGUGGCAAGGAAUUAAGUGUGACCUUUCACCUAAACUGUCAAAAGAGUUCAUACAAAUCUGUUGUGCGAGUGACCAAACAUGAAGAAUUCUUUUCUCACAAUAUUUGCAUAAUUCUACUUGACAACCAAAGCUGCUACGUCACCAACUCUUCACAUCCCUGUAGAUGUGUGAACGAGACUUUUGCCCAGUUCCACAAAACAGCUUCACUUUCAGACGAAGGGAAAUAUCAAUGGUCCACCGUCGGAAAACUCUCACAACAACGAAUCAUCACUUUUCGAAUUAUUCCAACUUUCGUAGAUGAAGCAGCGAACCGAGAAAAGUCUGUUCUGGUGGGUUUCUUGUCUCUACUGUCAUUCGGUUUCCUUAUUAUCAUCGUGGCCUUCGUACACUGGAUUGUUCGACGAAAAAGAGGUUAUGAAGUUCAAGGAGCUGGGGUCUCGAACCCUCCACACUAUGUCAACUUUACCAGCCGGGUGGAGUCGGUGUGUUUAGACAACUGCCAACAUGGACUGGAGGAAAAUGACUACGAUGAUGUUAUUCCAGGAUCGUUACAAAACAUUUACAACGAUCAUCGACAGCUUACCCAGGUCCCGCUACCUUACAAACCCCUGAAAAAGAAAUAACCACUUGUCCUUGGUAAUAUUAGGUGGAGAAAAAUAAACUGUACAAUUUUAAUUUGUGUCCAACAAAAAUCAAAAGCUAUUAAAUGUAAUCUACAUAUAUCUUUUGAUGUGCUUGAUAAAGAUAAGUAGAUAGUCACUCAGUCGUUUCGGGCUGGGCGCCUUGGGUUCAGCUUGGGAUGCGAUUCCUACCCCUUCCUCCUCAACUAUCGUGCAAAAUCACCUCAAGGUGGAAGCACUUUUCUGCUAAACGAGCCAACCAACCAGCCAACCAACCAGCAAACCAGCAACCAUAGAAAUAAGAAUUCCAAUUUUCAAGGCGUGUCCUCAUUUAUAUGACAGAAAAUUAGUUUGAGUACAUAACAUGUAAAAUUAUUUCCAUGUAAAAACAAAAUAAAUUUCACAAAGUUA